UGCAGGGGAGUAAGGGAGAGGAGGGUAGGAAAGAAGAGAGCGGGAGAGCUCGAGGAAAAAGAGGGCUCUCUGUGCUGACACCAGGCUCGGAUUGCGAGCAUCCUUCAGGACCCGGGCUCGCGCUCUUGGAGAAGAGAGCGAGGCUGUGCUGGGAUUCGCCGGGAGACUGCUCAGUCCGCGUCGCUGGAGCUGGGAGAGCCCUGAGGGAAACCAAGGGAAGCGAGCAGCGCGUUUUACUAGAGAGAGCAGGAGUGAGGCGAGACGGCUGGAGCGCUUGGCGACAUGAGGACCUACUGGCUGCACAGCGUCUGGGUGCUGGGGUUCUUCCUGUCCCUCUUCUCAUUGCAAGUCUUGGCAUUUUGGAACCAGCCUCCUGCUGAAGUAAAUUUGUCUCCAAUCACAAUCCCAGGACUGCCUGUUCGCAGCGUGGAUUUUAACCGAGGCACGGACAACAUCACCGUGAGACAGGGGGACACGGCCAUCCUCAGGUGUGUGGUAGAAGACAAGAACUCAAAAGUGGCCUGGUUGAACCGCUCUGGCAUUAUCUUCGCUGGACAUGACAAGUGGUCUCUGGACCCUCGGGUUGAGCUGGAGAAGCGCCAUGCUCUGGAAUACAGCCUCCGAAUCCAGAAGGUGGAUGUCUAUGAUGAAGGAUCCUACACAUGCUCAGUUCAGACACAGCAUGAGCCCAAGACCUCCCAAGUUUACUUGAUCGUACAAGUUCCACCAAAGAUCUCCAACAUCUCCUCGGAUGUCACUGUGAAUGAGGGCAGCAAUGUAACCCUGGUCUGCAUGGCCAAUGGGCGCCCUGAACCUGUUAUCACCUGGAGACACCUUACACCACUAGGAAGAGAAUUUGAAGGAGAAGAAGAAUAUCUGGAGAUCCUAGGCAUCACCAGGGAACAGUCAGGCAAAUAUGAGUGCAAGGCUGCCAACGAGGUCUCCUCGGCGGAUGUCAAACAAGUCAAGGUCACUGUGAACUAUCCACCCACUAUCACAGAGUCAAAGAGCAACGAAGCCACCACAGGACGACAAGCUUCCCUCAAAUGUGAGGCCUCAGCAGUGCCUGCACCUGACUUUGAGUGGUACCGGGAUGACACCAGGAUAAACAGUGCAAAUGGCCUUGAGAUUAAGAGCACUGAGGGCCAGUCCUCCCUGACGGUGACCAAUGUCACUGAGGAACACUAUGGCAACUAUACCUGUGUGGCUGCCAACAAGCUCGGUGUCACCAAUGCCAGCCUAGUCCUUUUCAAGCGUGUUUUACCCACAGUCCCCCACCCCAUUCAAGAAAUUGGCACCACCGUGCACUUCAAGCCAAAAGGACCCGGGUCGGUGAGAGGAAUCAACGGAUCCGUCAGUCUGGCCGUACCACUGUGGCUGCUGGCAGCGUCCCUGUUCUGCCUUCUCAGCAAAUGUUAAUAGAAUAAAAAUUUAAAAAUAAUUACAAAAACACACAAAAAUGCGUCACACAGAUACAGAGAGAGAGAGAGAAAGAGUGCAAGAUGGGGGGGAGACUAUUGUUUCACAAGAUUGUGUGUUUAUAAAUGAAGGGGGAAUAU